AUAAAUCAGUUGUUAUUCCGGAUAAAUCCUCGCCCAGGGUGACCGUGUCGCUUUUUAUGGAAUUCAGACCGACAGUUUUACGAAGUCAUAAACAAAUAAACCAAGAAAUCUGUAUAAUGUAAUCAGAGAUAAGCUUUUGAUCCGGUUUUGGCUUUAGAACGAUUUUGACCAGCCUGUUCUGUUCUGGCCACGGCCGCUCUAACAAUCAUAGAAGCUUAAUUAGUCGAAAUUAUCGACAGACAGAAUACAGAUUUAAGUUAAAAAAACUGAGAUACGUAAAUAGAGGUUUAAUACUUCCAGUUCUUAUAUUUUGACACCACAUACCUUCAAUGCACAAUUUAGCUCGAAAAUCAAUCAUUAGGUCAGAUGGUGUGUACGACCAUCUGUAAUUAGUUCACAAACAUUGCGACGGCAAAUAAUUUAUUAACAACAAUUAUUCACCAUUCAUCCGUGGAGCUAUUGCUUUGUAGGAAAAUUAUUCGCAUUGGACCUGGCGGUCUGCAAACUUGGCACUCCCUUCCUAAUUCUGUUCUUCCCGCCUAAGAAGCCUGACAGUAAUUCGGAAACAGACGAGCUUCUUUUUUGGUAGUCUUCUAGAUGCGCUUCAAUUGCAGCCUAUGAAAGCUGGCAUGUAUCCUUAUACCGGAGACAACUUCGCUUCAAAUUUUGAAAGAGAAAAACUCCUAAUUCAAUCCAUUUAUUCCAAAAAAUACCACUUUUUUGCAGCUUUGCAAGUGUUCUACUAAGAUAUUUAGGUGUUCCUGUCUAAUUUGGAUAAAGUUUUGGCACUGAAUCAAUUUUGGCUUUUCUUUUCCUUGUGUGUUUUCUGACGAUAGAUAUUUUGGUCCGUAAAACUCAUAAAUCGCUCAGUUAAACGGUGAUUGUAAAUUUUUGCGAUUAAAAUCAUAGAUCCCUCAAUUAAAUUGAAUGGUGUAGGUAGCAGGAUCUUAUAUCCGAUUGUAACCUACCUAUGCGCCAGUCUAUCUUAUUCGAACAUUGAACAUUGAACCUAGUAAAGAAAUUCCGCCUCCUACAAAACAGAAGUGGGUAGCGGUAUUUUUAUCAAGGCAUAUGGAUCAUUUCUUUUGCACUCCGAUGUCCAAAACUCCUGCUGAAAUUUUGCGUCGAGCUGCCUGACUAGUCAAAAGGAAAGAAAGGAACUCGAUAUAUGAUUUUGAAAAUCCCGAGGGAAAAUUGUUGCGAGUUUUUAUUGUGUUUUACUGUUUGGAUAAGACGGCUGGUUUAGGUGGGCUGGAUUGUGGAUUAUCACUUCAGUUUUUGAUCUCUGUUUGUUAUGCCUGCCCAGAUGUUUUAAUUCAACACUUCCGUCAAUAUCAACCAAAUGGCGUCAAACAACAUCGAAAGUUUCAUUCACUUGAGCAAUUUAAUCUCCAACCAAGAUAACAAAUAAUCACUUGCUCAGAGACAUUUUAACACUUUUCAAUCUAAGUCAAUUUGACUUAUCAAUUGUGCUCACAGACGGAAGUUUGCCCAAUUAAAUCGGAUACGUGUGAGCAAUUACCAAUUGGCUGGCAGACUUCUAAAUGUGGUAAAAUUCAAUCAACUGGAGCGCUUCUAUGACUACUUGAAGAAAAUUAAUCCAUUAUUAAUCAACUCAACUGGUUCUUUCUGUUAUUUUCAACAUUUUAGUUUUCGAAAGCUGUCGGCAAUCUUUCUUACCAAAUAAUAGUCAUCAUCGUCAUUCUAUUAAAAUAAUUGUCCUUUGAUUGAAAAUUUUUUAUCUUUUAUUUUUCAGCUGACCAUCGGCAUUUGGAGAUUUAUUGAGACGAGGGCAAAUAUUAUAUCGAGAUCUUGACUUAGACAUACUUAAUUUAACUUGAACAGAUUGUCUUAUCUUUCAGUAAACCAAACAUAAACAAACUACCAUUGCGACUAAGCUCGAAUCUUCGAAACCUUAUCCUUGAGGCCAUGGUAGCUUAUUCCACAUCCUGAUAAUUAUGAAGGCGUUAUUUUGUGGUUUCUUACUUAAAAGCACUUAAUCAAAUCUGUCAGAUUAUAAACAUGAUUGAUUCACUUGUUCUCAAAUUUACUAAUAACUUCAGAAGCAAUGAAUAAACAAUAAACCUUCAUUUUUUGUAACUUGACUGAAGUAUUCUGCAAGCUAAAAAAAAACUCUCCACGAACGUUGAUUAAAACGUUUUACUGAAUGAAAACACAAUUUUGAGCAAAAGUUGGUACUCUUUGUUUUGUAUGAAACAGUUAAUAUCAUCAGUUCAAUAUUUAUGAUUUUCAAGCUUAAUUUUGAUUUUAUAUUCUUCGUUAUAAAUAAUUUUUCAGAUAUGAAACUUUGUCAAUUUAGCGUUACUUUCAUUAACUGAGGUAAUUAGCUUUAAUUCAUAAUACAAAAAUUUGUUCGCACAAUGACAAGUAUGUCUGUUCCAAAAUAUUACAGUGGAAACGCAGUCCGCCAAAACUAUUUUUACACCCCUUAUUUCAAAUCUGAGCCCGACGGGGUUGUCGUGCUGUACCCGAAUGGGAGGGAUGAAUCGCAACGAAUGAACCAUACCGAUGCACCCGACUCAGAAAAUCCGAAUCUUUUCUCGGCAGUUGCCAGUCGGCCAAUGAAUUCAAAAGUUUGUCGGAAACGACUUUUCAUUUUACUUUUACUUUUAGCUUUUCUCAUUUUAUCUGUUUUUGUAGCUUUCAUUUUUAUUAAUUUAAUUCUACCGUUUUAUCUCGAGCAUCCGACAAGCAAUGGAUUUGUGGAGGCACAAUUUUGGGAAAAUGAGUCGGAUUUAUCGGAAACAGUUCGAUUACCAGAAACUAAUUGGCCAACUAGUUACGAUUUGUCGCUUGAGUUCAAUUUGAUAUAUGACUCGCCAACUAUUCAGGGUUCGGUUAUUAUCAAAAUUGACACAAAAAUUCCAACAGAUUACAUUUUGAUGCAUUCGGAGGUCUACAACAUCGAUUUUGACGCGACAAAAAUGAUUUUGAGCUCAGGGGAACGCGUUCAAAUUUCAAACCAAUCUGUUGAUUCAAAAACCAGUUUUUUCCUCAUUCAACUGGAAACACUUUUGCCAGUCUCAAAAAGCAAUGAGCUUCAGUUGAAGUUCACGUCAAAAGUAUCCCUCCAUCCCCAUAAUUGGGGUCUAUAUUCCACUGAUUACGAUCUCAAAGGGGGAAUUUCGACCCAGUUUCAGCCCGGCUGGGCGAGAAAAUUAUUCCCGUGCUUCGACGAACCUGCAUUCAAGUCCAUCUUCCGACUCAACGUCUCUCACGACUCGCGUCUUCUCGUGCUCUCAAACAUGCCCAAAAAGAAAAAUCACUCGGUAGUUGAGAGUGGAACUUCCUUAAAAAGAAAUCACGAUCAAAUGACAGAGUUUGAGGCAACUCCUCUCAUGUCAACGUACCUUCUAGGUUUGUACAUUGUGCCCAAAGACCCAGAACAGACGAAGUUUAGUUUCGUAUACAAUAGCUCCCUUAUCCCUGGUUACUCCUUCGUCGUCCGGGGGUUUUUGGAUUCGAAGACUAAUUACGAAAAGGGGUGGGAAGAUACACUUGUUGCAGUGCUCAACGGGACUCUGCUCUGGUGUGAACAAGUAUUUGGGGAGCCUUACCGACUGCCCAAACUGGACUUAGUCUGGGUAUAUCAUCUAGCUCUUGGUAUGGAGAACUGGGGUUUGAUCACGAUCAGAAGCGAUAUGAGUUUGACGAUGACUACGAUGACCAUAAUCCACGAGAUUCUGCACCAGUGGCUGGGUAACGUGGCUUCCAUCGAGUGGUGGAGCGACAUCUGGAUCACGGAGGCCUUGGUCACAUACCUAGAACACAAGAUAUACCAGGGCAUGCCGUUCCUGGAGCAGAACCUGUACGAGCUGCUUCUAAUCCAGGGCUUCCAGACCAGGAAUGACCCGGACGCCCUCUACCCAGAAAUCACAGCACCUGACAGUCACACACUCCUCGACCAAACAUUCAUAGUGAUGGCCACCUACCAGAAAGGCGCGUGGCUCUAUUCGGGUGUCGAAAAACUCACCAGCUUCGAAACAGUCAAAGCGUGUUCACGACUUUUCUACAAUCAGUUUUCUACAGAAAGCGUGAACAUGCAAAAGUUCCUCGCACUGCUCACGGAAUGUACUGCAAGCAAACUUCAGACAGAGUUGAAAGACCCGAUCGGCGAGAUUCUUAUGUCGUGGCUCGAAAAAGGAGGAAUGCCGAUUGUGUCAGUGAACAAGUCGCCCGACGGUAGUUUGAUUGUCGCUCAAAUUCCAAGUUGCAAAACUGAAGAAGUUGUGUGGAUUUGCCCGGAGCAAAGCGCCCUGUGGAAAAUUCCUUUGUUCAUAACCGACUAUCAUGGGACUUUGAUCGGAUGGGAGUAUCUUGAUGAACGUGAAAAAACGUUCCCUGGUUAUGGAGAAAAAUAUCAGAUUUUGUUCAACUACAACUUGAGUUUUCCAUACAGUGUUCAGUAUUCGAAUGAAAUCUGGAACGAUGUGAUUAGCGGUUUUAAAGCUAGAGAAAUUGACCCAUUCCAGGCUUGCCUGAUUAUGGGCGAUUUGAAAAACAAUCUUGACGUUGCUAGUUGCGACAUGUAUCCCGCGCUGAAGCUUUUCGAAGUUUUCGACCGCAGCGAUUUUGAGUUCUACAAAAUGAUGAACCCCUUUCAGUUUUUGUACUUCAUUCGAGCCAAUAUAGUUGUUCCGAAAAACCUUGAAAAAGAAUUGUCCACUUUCAUCUGGGAAACUGCUCAAAAAAUUCAGAUUGAAAGCUUCUGUCUCGAGCCCGGAAAUUAUGGUGUGCAUGAGAGCAACACAUUAGCAUGCAUGAUGUUCUUCCAAAACCUCUGCCAUCACGACAUGCCAAGAUGCCGAGAGCUCGUAUCCGAACGAGGAAUCGGCCACCACCAAUCACAGAGUGUUUCCUGUGACUCAAUUUUAGUGACACUUGUGAACGACGCCAACCGAACUACGCAAGAGAGAGUUGAUUUCAUGGUCGAAAAUUUACUUUUCGAUCCAGUCUUAAUGGCUCUAAUUGUUGACAGAAGUUCGCUAUUGCUUCUCUGGCCGGAUCUGUCUCAGACGUUGAUGGACGAAGUAGCGAGAGACGGCUACGUCACUUCAGAUCAGUUCCUUCGCCAAGUUCUAAUUUCGGAUCCGAACCUCAACGAGCUAGUCGCGACCAGUUUCCUCGCUAAUUUAACUCAAGAAGUCCUCAAAAGGUUUCCAGUUAGAACAAACAACGAAGAAAUGAAACCUGGAACCGCAAAAAUGUACGAGAUCUUGUCGAUUUAUUCAACACUUAUUAUCGAAAGUUCAAAAGAAGUUAAAGAUAUUGUCUCGACAGCCAUGGAGAUUAUUGAGAAGCAGAUUGCAAAAUUGGGCUCUAAUAUAAUUCCAAUGACCUUGAGAUUGAAGAACUUUGAUAUGCACACAAGAAAUCAAAAUAUACUUAUCGAUUUUUUGCAACGAAGACAAGCAAAAUUGAAAGAUUGACAUUAAAACAAUUUUUUGAUGAUGUAAUGAAAUUAUAAGUAGAGAGUUUAUAUUCAACCUCAAGAAACUUAAUAAUUUCCAAAUUGAAGAUGAUAUUCA